AUCAUAAUAUCAUAUAUUUAUAUAUGUUUUUCCUAUGUAAUUUUACCAACUUAUUUAAAAAAUUUAUUAAAUAGUUUUUAAUUAAAUGACUCGUUAAACAAAUGAAUAACUCGGCUGCAAACAGUGCAAACGUUCCUGAUAUCAUAGCUGAAUGGGACACCGACUCAGACUCUGAGACUAUUAUAUUGAGCGAUUUGCUGAUUGAAAAUUCCACUGAUAUCAGUGGCAACACAGACUUACAAUACCAAGAUCAAAGUAUGGACGGUGAUGAUGACAGUUAUGAACAGAGCGUCAUAGAUACUAGUAACAACAGCAGUGAAUCUGAGGACGAUGUUGUCAACGGAACACCAGACAGAUGCCAUGUCUCUAACCCUUGGAAUCAUUCUGCAAAAAAUAAACAUAUAGUGAUAACGUAUACUAAUGUUGAAAAUGAUGAACUUGAAGUGCUACAAGAGUUGGUAGAUAUGUUUAAAUUAAAUGCACAUGUAGCAUGGAGUGAUAGUGUUACACAUUUAAUUGUGAAAACUCUUCCUAAUGGCAGAUGCAUUCGAACUAAAAAAUUUAUAAACGCAUUAUUAUUAAACUGUUUUAUUAUUAGUUUGGAUUGGGCCAAAGAUUGUAUAAACUCAAAGACGUUACUACCAGAAGUAGAUUAUAUACCACUUGAGUUUUGUGGUGAACCAUCUCCAUUGGUGUCUUGGCGUGUCGGACGAGGAAUUAUUAAUUCACCAAUGGAAUGGACUAAAAAUUGCAUUUUAUAUCUUCAUAGCUCAAUUGAAUUCAAUGAGUCAUAUACAGAUAUAAUAGUAAUAUUUUUAAUUAUUUUAGUUGUUUUUUGGUGUACUUCGUUCAAUUGA